CUUGCUAUCAAGAUUUAUCAUGUGAGAGGAAGUGUUUGAGAAUGAGGGAUUGCGGACGCCAUGCCUGCAAGCGUCGUUGUUGUGAUGGAAACUGCCCACCAUGUUCAGAGGUUUGUGAUAAGAGGCUUCGGUGCAAAAACCACAAAUGCCCUGCCCCUUGCCAUCGAGGUGCCUGUGCUCCAUGUCCAGUUAUAGUGACAAUUUCUUGUGCAUGUGGUGAGACACACUUUGAGGUUCCUUGUGGUACUGAGAUGGAUCAAAAGCCUCCUAAAUGUCGUAAAUUAUGCCAGAUAACUCCCUUGUGCAGGCAUGCAUCAAACUUGAAGCCUCACAGAUGCCAUUAUGGAGCUUGCCCCCAAUGUCGGUUACUUUGUGAAGAAGAAUAUCCAUGUGGUCAUAAGUGCAACUUAAGGUGUCAUGGGCCAAGACCUCCUCCUAAUCCAGAAUUCAUGUUGAAACCCAAGAAAAAGAAAUUAAAUCAUCAGAAUGAGUGCACUCCUGGCACCCCUUGCCCUCCUUGCCCAGAACUUGUUUGGAGACCAUGUGUUGGCCAGCACGUUGGUGCAGAGAGGAUGAUGGUUUGCUCAGAUAGAGCACGAUUUUCUUGUGAUAAUUUAUGUGGAAAUCUUCUUCCUUGUGGCAAUCAUUAUUGUACGAAAACUUGCCAUCCCCUGGAGAUUCAGUCGUCAUUAUCAGGAUAUCACAAAAGAAGUGAGUCUUGUGAAGAAUGUAAUCUCCCUUGCCAGAAGGAGAGGAUGCCCAAAUGUUCACAUCCCUGCCCCCUACCAUGUCAUCCUGGAGAAUGCCCUCCUUGCAAAGUGCUCGUGAAACGGUCAUGUCACUGUGGUGCAAUGGUCCAUGCGUUUGAGUGCAUCUAUUAUAACAGCUUAUCUGAAAAGGAUCAAGUGGCUGUUCGCUCAUGUGGAGGGCCUUGUCAUAGAAAGUUGCCCAACUGUACGCAUCUAUGCCCUGAAACAUGCCAUGUUGGUCAAUGCCCAGCACCUGACAAGUGCAGCAAAAGGGUUACCGUUCGUUGUAAAUGCCAAACCUUGAAGAAGGAAUGGGUAUGCCAAGAUGUGCAGGCAGCAUAUCGUGAUACCGGUUGCGAUCCUAAAGAUAUAUCAAAGAAUCAAUUUGGACUUGGACUUCUGCCCUGCAAUUCCGAUUGUAAGAGCAAAAUACAGGAGGUUGAUUCAUCCCUACAGUUGCGUAAACCUAAGGUUUUGGAGAAAAAGGACCCAGAACUUGAAAAGCAUCGGCCAAAGCGAAGAAAAAGGCGUGAUCAGUUUCAAGAGGGCAAGCAAGUCUCAAGACUGCAGCAAUUUGUUGCCACCAUGAAGCGGCUGCUUCUGUACAUCAUCAUUGUAUUAGCUCUGAUUGUAGUAACCUAUUAUGGUUACAAAGGUCUCUUGAGACUAUCCGAUUGGAUGAAUGACAUUGAAGCACAACGAGAAAGAAGAAGACAUCCGCGAAUCUGAAUCAGAACUUAUUAUCAAUCCAAGUUUUGUUACAUAAACUGAACUUACAAUUGAGUUUGUGCUCACUCACCAUAUCCAUUCUCUAUAAACUUUGGGGAGUGAUCGAAAUUUUGGGAAAAAAAGUUUUUUUUCUUUUAAUUUUCCAUUGACGAUACAGUCCUCUAUGUGCUAGUACAUGCUGAGCAUAUGUUCAAGCUCAUUACUGCAAUAAGAAAAAGUUGCCCGUAAACAUUGGGAAA